AUUCCAUUUCAUCAACGUUACCAUAGAACAUUAAAAAAAAAUAUAGUAACUUAUUACGUAUUUAAUGUAUUUCUAUUUUAAAUCAAGCGCCAAAACUUGAGUGAAUUUAGAUUUCCGUUUAUGGUGGUCAGAUCUCUUCCGGUCGUAUAGUACACCGAGCAAGAUGGGUAAACCUCGUGGUCUUCGUACAGCACGUAAACACGUUAACCAUAGGCGUGAUCAACGGUGGAAUGACAAAGAUUACAAGAAAGCUCACUUGGGAACUAGAUGGAAGGCUAAUCCGUUUGGUGGUGCUUCUCAUGCCAAAGGCAUUGUUUUAGAAAAAGUCGGUGUAGAGGCCAAGCAGCCAAACUCUGCCAUUCGCAAAUGUGUUAGGGUACAACUUAUCAAAAAUGGUAAAAAAAUCACAGCUUUCGUACCCAGAGAUGGUUGUCUGAACAAUAUUGAAGAGAACGAUGAAGUUUUGGUGGCAGGAUUUGGUCGUAAAGGUCAUGCAGUUGGUGACAUUCCAGGAGUUAGAUUUAAAGUUGUAAAAGUUGCUAAUGUUUCUUUACUCGCACUUUACAAAGAAAAGAAAGAACGACCCAGAUCUUAAAACUACUGUCAUGUAUUUCUAAUUACAUCUAUAAAGACUUUUAAAGAAA